CACUGCAUAGUUCAAAAUCUGUGGACAAGCUUCCUGCACUGUUAAGACUUUAACCUCAUGUUCAGGGAAAAUAAUCUAGACUUAUGAUUUUUCUGAAGAAAAAAAAAAAGAAAGAGAAAGAAAAUGUUGAAUGUCACAUUUUUUAACUUGUUACCAUUUAACGAUGAGGCUGCACUUUUUUGUGACCUUAGAAAAGAAAAAAGUAGUGUAGAAGGGAGGUGCUUGACAUUUCAGCUUUCUUUGCAGGAGACCACAAAACCACAUCCUUCAUGUCAUGAUGUCCCAAACGUCAUCUGUUGAAUGAACUUGUCGGUGAAUAGGACGGCAUUGAUAGCUCAGUAUAUGCAGUAUAAACUGUUUAUACUGCAUAUAUAUAUAAAAAAAGUAAUGUUUGCUAAGACAAAUAUAGCAGCGGCCUGAUCAACGUCUUGUUUGAAGAUUUGGAUAUGUUAGGUAUAAAAUAUUUGCUGCGAGUGUUAGAGCGGUUCAAGUUUUGUUUUUGUGCUGUAUAAUGAGCAACUAAGCAGAGCUGAACACUGAGUUUGUGUGUUCCUCUUUAUAAUGGCUACGUUAUACCUGGCCAUUUUCCUGCUCGUGUUCUGUGGAAUUAUUUGGCAGAAUGGUGCGUGUAAUGUAAGCUGUACCACGGACUACAUCUCAACACUGAACUGUUCCUGUUCAGGCUCGGAUAAAACACUGUCCUGUGAGAUUCAGGCAAACUGCAGCGAUGCGAUGGGCUCCACAGAUGGGAGAUGUGUCAUCAGACCACCACAUCAGUGGUGUACCAUACAGCCAGACAACUUUUUCUUGAUAGCAAACCCUGAUACCAUUUGCAUUCUCAAAGUAAAACAAGACAACCAACAAACCAACAGUGAAGAGUACACUUCAAAUGUCGUGCCCUUGGACCAGAUGAUUAAGCCUCAGCAGCCUGUCAAUCUAACGCUUACUAAAAAUAAUAAAGAAUUCAACCUCUCCUGGGAGAUGGCCUAUAAAGAGUAUGAAAAUGUCGACCUGUUUGGUUAUUUGAUGUACCGGGUGCGUUUAAGGCCAAAAGACAUCAUGAACAAGGAGCACUUCAAGGUGUACAAUGUGGGAGAGGACCGCAGGUACCAGGAGAUCCAGUGUGACGUGCUGACUGCAGGGAAAGUGUAUGCAGUUGAUGUUCAGGCCUCAGUGAACCCCCAAAUGAAGAACCUUGAUGGUGAAACCAAAUGGAGCGAGUGGAGCACUAGUGUAGAGUGCACCUGCCCCCUCCCCGAACCUGACUUUACAGGGCCUUAUGAUCCUUUAUGGUACGUCUUGAUGCUGCCUUUUGUUCUUGGACUCUUUGGGUUCUUUGGGAUGUGCUACAGGGGGUUGCUUAAGAAGCCAUGUCUGUUUCAAUAUAUCCCGGACCCUCAUGAUUUCUUCAAGCCCCUUUAUCACACAUACCAAGGGGACUUUAAGAAAUGGGUUGGGCCAGUGUUUACCUUCAGCAGCUUUGACGUGCUGGAAAAGAGCGCGCCGUUGCAGGUGCUGAGUGAGAAGCAGCAAGCUGCCGCACCACUGCAGAGGCCUCUGCUCCGCAAUCAAGGAAGUGGAGGCAGUAGUCAAGGAGACUGGAGUCUUCUCAGCUUGAUGAAUCCAGACUUGUCCAAGCGUUACUUCCUUGGAGGCAGCAGCCUUGGCCUUACCCACUCCGGUGGCCACAUCUCCAUGGAUACUGUGACUGUAUCUGGACAGGAGGGCGCCAUGUCGGAUUUCCAAGAGGUUAUUCGGAACGCAGUUGUGAUUCCUGAUGAGGCUGAGGAUCCGGAGCCAGACAGCAGGCAGAAUUCAGAGGGACAGGGUUUCGAUGAUUGGCAGCUGCAAGCCAACGAUGCAGAGAAUGGUGAAGGACUCUCACUGGAUUCAUUUAGUUCCAACGAACACUCUGAUUAUGGUUAUCCUCAAAUCGGCCUUGACUUGGACACCAUUGACAGCGGAUUCUUGGAAUCAGACUGCUCGAGCCCUGUGAGCUCCGAAUGCGAAGGAGGAGAACGAAUGGAUACUGCUUUACUGGGCGGCACUGUGGGGACCCAUUCAAACUAUGUCAAGCAGUGGGUGGCUUUUAUGCCAGCCUCAGGAGAAAAUAGCAACUCUAUGUAGGAAAUGUCUGUUUCUGUGAACUGCUACACUGACAGGCUAUCAUGCAAGGGUUUUUGGAACUGUCUAAAAAGUCCUUCUUGCAUGUCCAUGUAUUGCCACAGACAAAAUGACUGUCUAUCUACAGUGGCAUCUCUACCAUGCAAAAACAAUAAACUCAUAAACAUGAUGUUGACUUAAUUCUAGGUAUUUGCCUCUGUGUAUAUCUUCAAAAAGAGACUUUGAUGCUAUCACUGUGUGAAAAUUGCUGUUUUUUUUUUACAAAACAAAAAAGGUAGUGGUAGAACACGAGAUGGUGAAGAUUACUAGUGACAGCUCUGUGAUAAUACUCCAUAGUUUAGCACUUGUUAUUAUGCUUAAUGAGUGAAGAGGAAACUAAGCAUGCAGAGAUAAGGCAACACAGGCGUUCAUCUGACAUGGACCUGAUCUGAUACUCACUGAAAUGCAAAUAUAUCUGCACGACUGUAGUUGAUUAUCUCAGCUAUUGACAUUUUUCCAUCUUUGUUUAACACUUGGGCAAAGUAUAAAUGCAGCUGUUGUAAUAUCUGGGCUACUUUGGCAGCUGAUUUGAUUUUUAUUGAAGUUUAUUCAGACUGAUAUUAGUGGCACUUAAUAAUGGAGUAUGGGAGCUGUCCUGCCUUUUCAAAAAAAAGUUGAUUUAUUUGUAGUAGUCAGACUGGGCAUUGGGCACACACUUUUAUGUCACGAUAGAAGUGUCAGUCCUUUUUUUUUUGCAUACCAGUGUAGCAGCACUUUUUCCCCCUAAUCAAACUGACAAGAAAAGAAAUGUUAAAGCCCUUUAAAGCCCUUUCUUUAUUUUUAAUAUGUGCCUUUAAAAAACCUACCAGACAAUUCAUAUAUAUUUACAGUGCAAUGGAUGCAGAUUUGUUUUCAAUUCAUAAUUAUUGUUGACUUCACUAAGACAGAACUUAUAAACUCUAUUUUAUUCAUGUAUACAGAAGAUCUUGACAACUUGAUCUCAUUUCUAAUGUGCCCUAUGCAAGAAUAACUAAAAGAAAGGGGACACUAAAGGGAAAUGUGGAGCAUAUUACAUAAAAAAAAAAAAAAGACUAACUGCAAAAAAAGUAGUGUGCAAAACACACAUCAGUAGUAUGUUUCUUACACACAUGUCCUACGAGUUAUUAUUUUGUUGUUUUUUUUCCUACAUUUUUUUUAAAAAUUACAAAUAAAAGAUUUCCUUCCUAAAACUGAUUUCUUUGCCUAAAAUCAGAGCAGGUCAAUUCCUUCAAAUCCAGACCAGUCUUUAAUGUGCAAUGAAGUGUGAUAAACUCUAUAGAUGGCAGCUGUACAGAAAUAAAACAGCAUGACACGUUGUACGUCAUGCCAGUGACAAGAAAUUCACUUUCCCACGAUGUGAGUAUGUACAUGAUGUGUUACACGUAACAGGGGAAAGGUGACAAUGGAUUUGACAAUGGAUUUACAUCAACAUUCAUUAUGUCUCCAGUGUCAAUUACUGUGUGAUAAAAAUACACCUGCUUACUUUGGUUUUUAUGACUAAGAGGGUGCUUCAUGUUGUGUAGGCACAGAACAAAAUGACUGAAUACUCUGAAAUGUCAGAGAGCAAAGUGCUCAAACCUCAAGAUAUCUACUUCAUUAACAGAUCAUAGAUUGUAGAUAAUUUCGUGGUUUAGGCAGGAACUGUCUGUGUAUAUAAAGUCAUGUACGGUUAGUCCAUGCUAAGAGUUAUUCAUCUGCAAAUGCUUUACCUCACAAGGUAAAUACCAUGUUUUAGUUCUCUCAUGUUUUGCAGUGAAUCUUCUGAGCUGAAAUUUGCCUAAAUUACCUGACUAGGUUAUGGUUUUUUUGUGUAUUUAUGUACAUUAUAUGCCAAAGGAAAGCUUAGUAUUACUAGUGCAAAAGUUUCAUGU